AUGCACUACGACAUGCAACGUGAUGGCGUUAAACAGCUGGGCUCUGGCACCUGGGCACCAUUUCUAAUAAUGGGCUUGAUAUUCUUGCCGUCAGGAGCUUACCUGCUCAUCGUGAGCCUCAGUUAUAUCCCAUCACACACCACGUAUGUCACCGAAUCGUCAAAACCAACAAUCAUAUCUGUUCCGUUGGGCCACUUCUGGUAUUGA